AUGAUUGGACAACUGGCUGCUUUGAUUCUUCUUAGCACAGUGUCUCGGACUCAAACUGCAGAGGUUUCUCACCUGAUCUCUUUGACUGUUGUUAAACUUGGUGAGAGUGUUACUUUUGAAUGUCAAGUCUCUGACAUGAAAGAAAAAUUCUCCUGGUAUAAGCAGCCUCUUGGACAUAUGGCCCAAAAUGUUGCUGAUGCAGUCUUGGGCAAAAUAACAGUUAGUGAAAAAUUUAAAGACACACGUUUCACAGCAACAAAAGGAGAUGAUCAGUAUCUUCUUACCAUCAGAAAUGUCAGCAAAGAGGACGAAGCAACGUACUUCUGUCAAAGUGGAACAUCGUAUUUACAGACUUUCAACAAUGGCAGAUUCUUGUCUGUGACUGAUCAUAAACAGCAGAAACAUGUCUACGUGCAUCAAAGUCCGGAGACAGCAUCAGUCCAGCUGGGAGCCUCAAUGACUCUCCAGUGUUCACUUCUCUACACGAACAAAGAGAGCAGAGCCCAGUGUCCAGGUGAACACAGUGUGCACUGGUUCAGAGCUGGAUCAGGAGGAUUUCAUCCAGGCAUCAUUUACACUCACAGCAACAGGAGUGAUGAACAAGAGGAAAGGAGCUGUGUCUACAGUUUGUCCAAAACUAUACAGAACUCCUCUGAUGCUGGGACGUACUACUGUGCUGUGGUCACAUGUGGAGAGAUCCUGUUUGGUGAAGGAACUAAAGUGGAGACAAAUUCAGGAUCAGAGCUGGACCCAGUUGUCCUUGUUCUUGGAGGGCUGUUGGCCUGCUGCGUGACUGUGGUUGGCAUCCUUAUUUUCUACAUAAAUCAAAGGACAGUUUGCAAACAUUGUAAAGGAGCAAUGAGUUUUUCCCAUCAUCGUGGACAUGACGAGUCAACUGUGGAUCAGUCAAAUGAUCUGGAUGGUGAAGAAGAGGCAGUGAACUAUGCAGCACUGGAUUUCUCUGCAAGAAGAGUGAAAAGAGGAAGGAAGAAGAGAGGGUCACCACAAGAGUGUGCAUACUCUGUUGCAUAUUACCACAAGCAGCAAAACCCCUCUCUAUAGGCAGAACAACUCCCUAUAGAGGUUAUCACCUUAGGUCACCUUAGGGUGGGGGUUCACCUGUCAACAGUAGUUUUUAUUGAAAAGAUCCACACUGAAGGUUACUGAAUUUUGCUUUUAAAAAAUGUUCACAUGGAACAUAUGCAACAUGCUUCUAGAAAA